GCCGUCGGGCGACUUUCUGCGAGUCGUUUUAUUUUUACUUUUAUUUUUGUUCCAUGUCAUUUUAAUUUGUUCCUGUGUGAGCCUCCAGUAGAAGAUGUGAACUGCUGCGUUUCAGGCGGGAUGGUGAUAUCUGUCCAAGGGAAUAACGCUAGCACCCAUAAGAGACGAAAUCCGCACGGUCAUGUAAAUUAGAGCUAUGGAAGUCAAAAAGGCAACCCAGAGGAAUAAUGGAAGUCAUACAAGCAGAAGCUCAGCUGAAUAAAUGUUAAUGCAGUCAGCUUUGACAUGUGGAGUACAGAGAUGGCCAGGCUCAGGUGAAACAGUCCCGUCUGUAAAGCUGAAUGUAAAAACUGAAGAAGAGUAGGCGUGCUCAGUUUGGGCCUAUGACACAAGGCUAAGCACGUCAGAUGACAGCAGUGGACGGAGUGACUGCGGAUGCAGCUUGUAAGAGGACGUCUCUGCAGUGCACAGGUCCUGACAGUCGGCACGCUGCUGUGAUUAAGGCCAUAUGUGCGGGCUUCCCUCAGAAAAAGGUGGUUACUCAGCAGAUGAUGUAUACCUGAGAUUUAAGUCAGUGCUUGAUUUACUCCUGCAUGACCGCAGAGCUUCCCAUUGUUUUAAAAAAAGAAGACUGGUAGCUGCAGCUGAGUAUUCGCCAUGCCUCGGAACCGAGCUUUUUCUGAGCCAGAGUACUCAGUGGAGUAUUCAGCAGACUGUUCUGUGACGUUGCCCUCCGACCCUGGGCAGGCAGUGGGGCGAACACACGAGGUCACGGUGCGGAGCUCGGGAUGCUGCCUCUGUCUGCCACGGUUCAUGCGCCUGACCUUUGCACCUGAGUCUCUGGAGAAUCUCUAUCAGACCUACUUCAGACGGCAGAGACACGAAACCCUGCUGGUGCUCGUUGUGUUUGCUGCCCUGUUCGACAGCUACAUCAUCCUCAUGUGUGCUGUGGUCUAUACCACUGAUAAGUUGGCUUCUGUUGUAGUGGCAUCGGUGGGACUGGCAGCAGAUAUUAUCCUCUACCUGCUGUGCCGCUUUGGGCUGCUGCCGGACCGCAUCUCCAGGCGGGUGGUGCCCUACGCCCUGUGGGUGCUCAUAGCAGCUCAGAUAUUUUGCUACCUGGGUCUGAAUUAUGCUCGCUUCCACCAGGCCAGUGACACUGUGGGCUGGCAGGCUUUCUUCAGUUUCUCUUUUUUUCUGACUCUACCUUUGAGACUGACACCCAUUGUGCUCAUCACUACUGUGUCCUGUGGAGUCCACACCCUGGUUUUGGGUGUCACCAUCGCCCAGCAGCAGCAGGACGACAUACAGGGAGCAGCGCUUGGCAGACAGCUUCUGGCCAACCUUGUGAUCUAUGUUUGUGCCAUCACUGUGGGCAUCAUGUCGUACUACAUGGCCGAUCGGAAACAUCGGAAGGCCUUCCUGGAGGCGAGACAGUCACUGGAGGUCAAACUGAACCUGGAGGAGCAGAGCCAACAGCAGGAGCGUCUGCUGCUUUCCAUUCUUCCAAAGCACAUAGCUGAUGAAAUGCUGCAGGACAUGAAGAAGGGGCCCAGUCAGAAAGAGAUGCAGCAGUUCAACACCAUGUACAUGUACAGGCAUGAGAACGUCAGCAUUCUGUUUGCAGACAUCGUGGGCUUCACCCAGCUGUCGUCCUCCUGCAGCGCUCAGGAGCUCGUCAAACUGCUCAACGAGCUCUUUGCCCGCUUCGACAAACUGGCUGCUAAAUACCACCAGCUAAGGAUCAAGAUACUGGGAGACUGCUACUACUGCAUCUGUGGCUUGCCAGACUACAGGGAUGACCAUGCUGCCUGCUCCAUCAUGAUGGGCCUGGCCAUGGUGGAGGCCAUCUCGUAUGUGCGCGAGAAAACCCAGACGGAUGUUGACAUGCGAGUUGGAGUGCACAGUGGCACGGUCCUGGGAGGAGUGCUGGGUCAGAAACGCUGGCAGUACGACGUUUGGUCCACAGAUGUGACGGUGGCCAACAAAAUGGAAGCGGGGGGGAUACCAGGUCGUGUUCACAUCUCACAAAGCACCAUGGAGUGCCUUCAUGGUGAGUUCGAUGUGGAGCCGGGGAACGGAGGCGACCGCUGUGACUACCUGAGGGAGCGAGGCAUAGAGACCUACCUGGUGGUUGUUCCGAAAGCAUCUUUGGGAAAAAACGGCAUCAACAGUGUCAAGCUGUCUGUAACCUCCUCCAAUGGGAACUCCCCCCUGCUAAUCAACACCACAGAGUGUAAUGGCAGCGUUCACGUGGCCUGCACCACACUGGAUGAGCCAGAGGAGCUGGACACAAGGGUGGUGAACCCGUCGUUCCCUAACCCCCGGAGGAGGCUGCGGCUGCGUGACCUGGCUGAACGGGUGAUUGAUGCUCAGGAGAACGAACAGGAGCUCAACAAACUGCUUAAUGAAGCCCUGCUCGAGCGGGAGACCGUUCAGGCUCUGAAGGGGAAACACACCAACAAGCUGUCCCUGAGGUUUGUGGAUCCAGAGCUGGAGACACGUUUCUCUGUGGAGAAGGAGAAACAGAGUGGGGCUGCCUUCUGCUGUUCCUGUGUGGUCCUGCUCUUUACUGCAGUCACCGAGGCACUCAUAGACCCCCGGCUGAUUGCAAACUACAUCACCUUUGCAGUGGGGGAGGUCCUGCUGCUCAUCUUGACCAUCUGUUCUCUGGCUGCCAUCUUUCCUAGAGUCUUUGCCAAAAAGCUGGUGUCUUUCUCCACCUGGAUCGACCACACACGCUGGGCUCGUAACACUUGGGCCAUGACUGCCAUCUUCAUCCUAACCAUGGCUGACAUAAUGGACAUGCUUAGUUGUCUGCCUCAAGUCCCAGACACCAGCACAGUGGCUCCCUCCUCUUCCUCCUCCACCGUGUCCAGUCUUGAAGGUUGCCUGAACAACCCCAAAUAUUACAGCUACGUUGCUGUGCUGGCACUGAUGGCCACCACAAUGCUGGUUCAGGUCAGUCACAUGGUUAAGCUCACCUUGAUGCUGCUCAUCACAGUGGCCACUGGCAUCGUUAACAUCUACAGCUGGAAGGACAUCUUUGACCGUUAUGACAUGGCCCGCUUCCAGGACUACAGGUCAUACCUGGUGCCAUCUAAAUUUGCAAUGACAAUUAUGAUCUUCAUUAUGAUGGUGAACUUCUAUUACUUCUCCAGACAUGUGGAGAAGCUUGCCCGUACCCUUUUCCUCUGGAAGAUUGAAGUUCACGAGCAGAAGGAGAAGGUGUAUGAAAUGAGGCGCUGGAAUGAAGCACUGGUGACCAACAUGCUGCCUGAACAUGUGGCUCGACACUUCCUAGGUUCUAAGAAAAGGGAUGAGGAGCUGUACAGUCAGUCAUACGACGAGAUUGGAGUUAUGUUUGCUUCUAUCCCCAACUUUUCUGACUUUUACACAGAAGAGAGCAUCAACAAUGGCGGCAUUGAGUGCUUACGCUUUCUCAAUGAGAUCAUCUCAGACUUUGACAGCCUGCUGGAUGAGCCUCAGUUUCGCUGCAUCACAAAAAUCAAGACUAUUGGCAGCACGUACAUGGCAGCGUCAGGAGUAACCCCAGAUGUCAGCAACGGUUUCACCUCCACCAAGAAGGAGGAGCUGUCUGACAGAGAGCGCUGGCAGCACCUGGCAGACCUGGCAGACUUUGCACUGGCCAUGAAGGUUACACUCAUGAACAUCAACUACCAGUCCUUCAACAAUUUCAUGCUGCGCAUUGGUCUAAAUAAGGGAGGGGUGCUAGCUGGAGUGAUUGGUGCACGCAAACCCCACUUUGACAUCUGGGGCAACACUGUAAACGUGGCCAGCCGUAUGGAGUCCACGGGGGUGAUGGGCAAUAUCCAGGUGGUGGAGGACUGCUACAACAUCCUGAAGGAGUACGGCUUCCGCUUUGUGAGGAGAGGGCCCAUCUUUGUGAAAGGGAAAGGGGAACUGCUCACUUACUUUCUGAAGGGAAGAGACAAACAAGGCUCAUUUAUCAAUGGCUCCUCUGUCACUCUGCCACAUCAGGUGGUGGACAGCUGAGGACUGUAUCACACACACACACACACACACACACACACACACACACACACACACACACCUGACAUUAUGACUCCAUUUAAGUCAAAUUAAAAUACAAACUUCAUAAACACCAAUAAUUACUGAACAUGUGUUCUCCGUCUGUAUGGAAAGAUGUACAGAGGCUGUAUCUGAUGCUGAAGGUAAUUUCCAUAUAGAUUAGAGACUGAGUGCACCGAAGUAGAAGGGAGAAUUAGAUUGUGACUCUGAGGGUCUAUGAUUUGGUUUGAAAUGCUGCUUAAAUAAGGGGUUCUGUGGGCAUUCAUACCAUUGGGUUAAACAGGCCAUACAGGGGUUUCAUAAGUAAUUACCAUAAAACAAAUAAUCAUUUGGAGGUUUUUCUUCUUUAUGCUUGUGUCUCCCUUUUGCUGAGAGGAGCAUAAUGAAACACUCUAGGGUCUAGGAGACACCGGUGUCUCCUAGACCCUAGAGUAAUGCUGCAGGUCUGGUGCUCAGCUGUCACUGCUACAGCGCUGAGCCUGAAUGAAGUGAGGGAUCCCCUUUGUUUUGGAUAUCAACCUUUGGUGUGCCCGCUUUUUUCUUUUCACUAACUGGACUUAGCUUGGACAGACUUUGUUAGCACGACUCUUUAAAGGGACAGCUUAGGUCAGUUUUAUGCUGACAGUGACACAGACUAUCAUGAUGUGUGUAAAGGAAUUGCUGCACUUGUUCCAACAAGAAUUGUUAGCCUCAAACUUUUGAACAUUUAGCUCUCUGUCUUACUCAGUGAGAUCUCUUCUAGAAUAUUAAAAUUGGAUUUUAGCCAUAUUUAAGCAGGAAGUUAGUCAGAAUACACACAAAGACACAGAAGAGACAUGUGCACAGUUGCAACCAAUCAGAGUAGACUUCUGUGGUAUUCUUGCUGUAGUGACAUGAGGCAGGCCCUUCCAGAUGCUGUCUGAGUAAUGGAACAGAGUGAAAGAUUUUAAAUUUUAAGAUUUUAGAUUUUAAAUAAAGGAUCCUAAUUGUAAAAUCAGGCAAACACGUGGACGGGCUGGAAAUGAAGCGGACUCAUUGUGGCCGUGUGAGGUGGAACUAUCAGAACAGCAAACUGGACAAACCUGUGAGACAAAUGAGAAGUGGUUUCAGCAUUUCAACAUGAGAAUGACUAAUUCAAGCUGAGGUUAUUUAAAUACAGUGAUGGGCUUCAUCUCUUUCCAUAAAAAACCACACACACACACACACACACACACACACACACACACACACACACACACACGAGCCUUUAUGCAAACAUACCAGUUUUGAUGCCGUUGUAACUACUUCCUGGUCAAUCACUGAGUCCACGCUUCAUACUGAUGUUAAUGAAGUUCAUUUAUUCUUCAUGAUGAACUCAUCUUUAAUGAACACCGUGAAAACUAAAAUGAAAUUAAAAUUUCAAUGAAUCUUUUUAUAACAGACAGAUAAUUUCCACAUAUUUAAAUAUACUAUUCAAUACAAUAGCCUUGUAUAACAAUUCAAGUUGUAAACAAACACUGUUAGCUUAACAAGCAGUUAUGAAGGUCUGACUCUUGUCGUGAAUAAUGACAACAGAAUAUCUCAAACAAUAAACAACUAGCAUUCUAUGAGGAGUAUGUGCUAAUACACCAACAGCCUAGCGCAGGCUAGGUAGCUCAUACUCAAUAACGUACAAUAUACGAUCGUUGUGCAAAUCAGUGUUUCACACCACAACUCCGUAUAUGUCAUCAAAGUAACAACAAAGGAACGUUGUUUUACCGUGUGCGCCCUUGACCAGUUGUAGAAUGGCAGUCUUUCUCUCUCUUACUCUUUUCAUUUCUCUCUUUUACUCUUUUCUCUUCUCUCUUUUACUCUUUUCUCUUCUCUCUUUCGCUUGUGUCUCUCCGAUCCGUAUCUCCGCGCUCUGCGCUGUUGUGAGCGUGACGGACCACUACUUCCGGUUUAACGAUGUCAAAAUAAAAGAACGAUAAAUAACAGGAUGCAUUCAAAAUACACGCUUACGGUAUUAUUUACAGCCGUCUCUUCAGUACAUAAACACUUAGUGGGUUUUGAAUGCAUGGCCUUUAUAUUGGCGACUGCUCCUCAGUUACCAAAUACUUUUAAGUAUGGAAGCCUCAUAGACUGAUCUAAGAUCAGAUUUUCUGCCUCUGAUGAGGAGGAGGACUUGGAAGUGGUCUAGAGAGAAGCUCGAGUGUAAUAAUACAGACUGAUUCACCACCUGCUGCUGCUCAUCUGCAGUGCUGGGUAGAAGAGUGUGCAAUACUUAGUGUAUUUUUUUCACAUUUGUAAUAUUCCUUUUUCCUUGAUUCCAAUGUGAAAACGGGUCAGAGCUUUCAGUACUGCUCUCCUCUCAGCCACACAUUCACCGACUUCUGUAUCUCAAAGCUGUGUUAACACGAUGGAUAACAAAAGCGUGUACAGUGUAUAUUAGAAGAGGGACAGGUGAUGCGGGGUAGAAUUGUUUCCCACGCUGUGGACUGUGGGUUGAUAUAAGUGCCUAUGAUAGCUGUGAUCCCUUACUGGCUCCUUUCAGUGUGGAGCAGACGCCCUUUGGGGGGGUCGGCGUGUUUAAAAUGAAAGACUUUGUUUCUGCAGUCAGGAGAGCUUCUGCUAUUCCUGUCCCUCCAUUGUGAAAAUAUUUUUUUAAUUUAAGUACAUGUUGUUUUAUUUUUGUAGUUCUGGUGAUGCAUUUUAUUGGUCUUAGUGGCCUGGAAAACAUGAGGACAUGAAAAUAAGUCUAACAGAAACAGAUACACAAACAUCCAUCCAUCCAUCCAUUUUUUGCCACUUCCUGUUUAGUCUAAGCAGAGAUGCCCAGACCUCCCUCUCUCUCCUGCCACCUCCUGUUGCUCUUCUGUGGGACACCGAAGCAUUCUCACGCCAACCAAGGGAAAUAAUCUCUCCAGCAUGUUCUACAUCUUCCCAGGGUGUCCACAGAGUUGGACGUGCUUCAGAUACCUCACCUAGGAGGCAUCCUAAUCAGAUGCCCAAAUCUCUUACUGGCUCCUUUCAAUGUGGAGCACACACCUGUUGGUUGAAGCGCGCUCUCUCUCUCGUAUCCACGUUCUCAUUCUUAUUCCCAGUUCCCACAGCUCAGUGAGAAUGUAGAUUGACCCAUAAAUACGCUCAUUUUUACACUUGGCUCUCUUCACCAUGACAGACCAGUGAUGAUGCAUCUGUAUUACUGCACCAAUCCAUCUGUCGGCCUCUUGCUCCCUUCUUCCUUCACUUGUGAACAACAUACCAUGAUAUGCUCCACUUGGGGCCAUGUCGCCCUUUUUCUGCUGAGAGCCGUAACCUUGGACUUGGAGGUGCUAAUUCUCAUCCCAGGUACUUCACACUUGGAAGCAAACCACCCCAGUACAAGCUGGUGGUCUUAGUUUGAUGACGCCAAUAGAAACACAUCAUCUGGAAAAAGCAUAGACAAGAGCCUGAGACCACCGAACCCAACAUCCUUUGCCUCUGGGCUGCACCUAGAAAUUGUAUCCAUAAAAAUUAUGAACAAAAUCGAUUACAAUAGGCAGCCCUGGUGGAGUCCAGGACCCACCAAGAAUGAGUCUGACUUACUGCCAAGUUCUCACUUCAGCUGUACAGGAAGUGAAUACAUGCAACAAUGGGUCCCAUACCCAAUGGGUAUGAGGGAUGCGGUCUAAUGCCUUCUCCAACUUGACAGAACACAUGUAGACUGGUUGGGCAAACCCCCGUGUAGCCUCAAAAAUCCUCAAGAGAAUAAAGAGCUGGUCCAGUGUUCUGUGACCAAGGCAAAAACUCCAUUGUUCCUCUUCAACCCAAGGUUCGACUAACUGAUGGACUCUUCUCUCCAGUAUUUUGGCAUAGACCUUCCAGGGAGGCUGAGGAGUGAGAUCCCCCUAAAUUUGGAACACACACUCCAGUGGCCCUUCUUGGAAAGGGGACAGUCACCCCUAUUUUCCAAUCCAAGGGCACUGUCCCCAACUUCCACACCCCACAACAUCCAGAGUUUUAAGAACUGGCUGCAAACUUCACCUACCAAGGGGCUCUGCCACCAAGUUGUUUGGCCUCCUCAGUGUCUUCAAGUUAUGUUCAAGUCAUCGCAUGCUUUCCCAGACCCUGCUUCUUCUGCGGAAGGCGUGUCAGCGGGAAUGAGGAGAUUUUCAAAGUAUUCCUUCCACCACUGACCAUAUCCUCAGUUGAGGUCACCCUCUCUCCUCAGUUUGCAGUGUGGGUAAAAAGCUUCUUCCUCCUCCUGAGUGGCCUGAUAGUUUACCAGAAUCCCUUUGAAGCUGACCACAAGUCUUUCCCAUUGCCUGACUGAACUUAUCCCACACCCAGGUUUUUGCCAGAGCUGGAUUCCUGCUGCCUGCUGAUAUCUGUCAGCUGGGGGGAAACCCUAAUCUAUAUGUAGCCAAUAUCUCUCAACCUCAUGCACAAGCUCGGGGGCCUUCCCGAGCACAUGGAUGGCAUUCAGUGUCACCUAAAGCCAGUUUAAGCGACCAGGGAUUGGACUACCGUGGCCUCUGCCUUCGGUUAACCAACUUAUUUAAAAGGGAAAAUGAGGCAAACGGUAAAAUUAUGAACUGCCCUUCCUGUUCUUGUGCCCAUAGUUGUUCUGUAUUGUAAGGAAUUUUUGGCAUGAGCUUUAUUAUUAUAACUUCACUUUGGGUUCAGUCUCUUAAUAAAAUGUUUUGUCUAGAUACUGUGUGUGAAAGAUGGCUCAUGUUUUAUGACACGAUGUAUUUACGUGACUGUACCAUAGCUCAGUGUUUCUCUAGGUGAAUGCAAAUCUUUAAUAAGCUGGAAUUGUAUUUUAACUGGAUGAAGCAACAUCACCUGAGCCCUUGUGGUUGUGUGGAUAUAGACAGUUUAGUUUAGAUUUAAGUGGCACACCCUCUCACAGCUUCAGCUGAGCAAGUCUCGGUCAUCUGAAUCAGCUUAGUGGGUCUCCUACAGGUGGGAAUGAGCUGGAAGGGAUUGCUCCCUAAUCAGCCUGCGCAGCAGAAAGGGUGCCAUAGGUCAGCUGAAGCUGAGCUAAAGCUCUGUGACGUUUUGGAGCAGGUUUGGACUGUGUUUUAGGACAUGGGAAGAAACAACCCCGUCUAAUUAUGAAGUACACGAUGGCCUUGACAUGACAGCAGUUACAUGCAGGAGAACUUGAUGAGCAGCAGAAAUGUUUUUUGGGGUAAAGUAUUUGUCAUUGCUCUUUUCUCUGUUGAUUGUAAAGCCUAUUUGUGUCUGUAGAAAGGGAUGAAAGUGCAAUAGAUUUUCUUAAUUCCUUCCCCUUUAAUUCAUAGUUUUAUAAUGUCAUGUUUUUGUUUUCUUUUUAAAAAAGGAAGGGGACAGGAUGGAGUUGUGUUGUACAUAGAGCUUAGACAGUGUUUAUUGGUCAAAUGUAUUUAUUGGAAAUGGCAGGGACACUUUCCCCCUCCAUACACAGACGUGAACGUGCCAAUGAUGAGAAGAUGGUUUUCAGUGUAAAAGCCAUCACAUGGACUAAGGCUGCUUCCUGAAUUGUAUUUUUAAGAGUCUCAGGGUUGGGAACAAAGAAGCACUCUGAAUACUGUAUGAGCUCAACAGCUCCCAGCAGGCCCUGCUGAUGGCAUCGAAGUAAAGGAGGACGCACUCCUGCGGUUCUUGUUGGUACUGUUCACACUUUGGUUCCAAACCUGUAUUCCUCAGUUUCCCAAACUUUUUGGUUUGUUUGUUUGUUUUGGGGUUUUUUGGUUAAAAGAUUUCUUAAUGUGCCCUCUUUCCUUGGUUAUCACUAACUGAUUAAAAAAAUCUAAUAAAGA